AUGUAGUUAUUCAUGCAGUCAUUUAUAUGCGCCUUUACUCGGAAAGCUUUUUGCUUUGUUGAUGUUCGCUUUCUGUAGUGUUUUUGGCAUUAUGCAGGAGUUUGGCUACAUUUAGGAUUAAUGCAUUUAAGUAAUAACCUAUUUUCUACGAUAGUGUUCCGUACGUAGCCGAUUCUGAUAAGAAUCGUCUAUUUUUAUUACUCCCAGUGUGUGAAAUUGAUCCUGAUGGCGAAUGACCGACUGCGAGCUUUGGAAGAGGUUGAGAAUCAAAUUGCAACGAUUCUGCAGUGCGCCGGUUCGUCUACCGCUGCAUGCAACAACAACAGUUCAAAUACAUUGCAACAUUGUGUUGGAGCUGUCUAAAGACAAGCACAAUGCCAGUUUCCUGGACAGACAGCUCAGCCAGUUUACUGGAUCCGUCAACAGAGUGGAGACUGAGCUCAGCUCACAAAUCAGAUACCUCACACAGGUUGCCACAGGCCAGCCCCACGAGGGCUCCACAUACUCGGCCAGGAAAGACUGUCAAAUGGCCUUGAACCGAGCAGAAUACACCAGGGUCAAACUGGGAGAGCUGGGACGCACCUGCGAAGUCAUGCUGGAUCCACAACCCUGAGAGAACACACACGGUCGGUCGGCACUCGGGCAGAGCGCAGUAGGGGGAUGUUUCCAUCGCUCGCUGUCACCAUGGUGUUUUAGGACCACCUGCCCGAAGAGAGGUGGGGACUGAAAUACUUCAUUUUUGUUUUGUUUUUGUAUGAUAUCAGUCAUGUAUCUGGCAAUGUUCUGUAAUAAAGUUAGUGUUUCAUUA